UUGAAAGAUGAAAACAGAUAUCAGGACAAGAGAGAAGUUGGAGACAAGAGGCCGAUCUUUGAUUCACCAAAGAAAAGCGAAUCAAGUGAAUCGGAAUCGGAAGAAGAGGCAGAAGAAAUCAAGCCUUACGUUAUCGAGUCAGAAAAGGAAGAGAGCUCGACGAAGGCCAAAAAGAAGACGACGCAAAAGAAGAAAAAGAAAAGGAAUUAUAGAAAAUAA